AGAGGGAGCGAACUAGAGGAGGAGGGAGGAGGAGGAGGAGAAGGAGGAGAAACAAAGGGAGCUGUGCAGAUUUUUAACAAACGUGAAAAAUGUGUGAAAUGCAAACGAGGAUCCGGUGAGGAUUCAACCGACGGACCGUUUCUUCUUCUGCGUGUAAGACAGAUUCACCAUGUCUGAGGAGGCUGCAGGGGCAGAGCUAGACCCGCAGGAGGAGGAGGAGGAGAGAGGAGGAGCAGGAGGAGGAGGAGGACCAGGAAGAGGAGGAGGACCAGGAGGAGCAGGAAGAGGAGGAGGACCAGGAGGACCAGGAAGAGGAGGAGGACCAGGAAGAGGAGGAGGACCAGGAGGAGGAGGAGGACCAGGAGGAGGAGAGGGAGGUGAACAGGGAGGAGGAAGAGGGCCCGCCAAGAAAACCCCAGGAGGUCCUGUGUACUGUGUCUGCAGGAGACCGGACAUCAACUGUUUCAUGAUAGGGUGCGACAGCUGCACCGAGUGGUUUCAUGGAGACUGUAUCGGAGUGUCAGAGCGAGCGUCGAAAUCGAUCAAAGUGUGGUACUGUCCGUCCUGCAGAGAUGUUGACCCGUCCUUGGAGAUUAAAUAUCGUCCAAAGAAGACGAAGGAGAAGGAGGAGAAAGAGAAAGAGUCGGAGGCCGAGAGGGAGGACAAACAUGACGGAGACGGGAGCUCCACCCCCCAGCCAAGGACUGACAGGAGGCGGGGAUCACAGAUAAAGCGCUCAGCCCGGAUGUGUGGCGAGUGUGAUGCCUGUCUGAGGACGGAGGACUGCGCUCAGUGCGACUUCUGCAAAGACAUGAAGAAGUUCGGCGGUCCAAACAAAAUCAGACAGAAGUGUCGGCUCAGACAGUGUGAGGUCCGAGCGCGGAAGAUGCUGCGUGUCAAAGGCGAGGAGAUUGCCCGUAGCAGCAGCAGGGGGCGUGCCAGGAAAGGGGCGGGGCAUCAAACAGAGGAGGAAGAGGACGAUGAGGAGGAAGAUGGCGUGUUCAGCGAGAGCGAGCUGGAGCUGUACGAGCAGUACAAAGCUGCUGGAUACAGAGACCUGAUGUGGCGCAGCGAUGAGGAGGAGGAGGAGGAGGAGGAGGACACUCAGUCGGACUCUCUGAGGAAGAAGGCGGUGAAAGUGAAACACGUCAAGAGACGAGAGAAGAAGCCUGAGAAGAAGACCUGUGCUCUGUCACAGAAGUCUGCCCCUGCUCCCAAAGAAGAGGUGAAGCCUCGCCGCCACAAGGCAAAGCAGCGUCAUAAGGAGCGAGUACGGCACAGCGAGCGAGGAGGGGAGGGCGGGGCAAAGGAUGUGGGCGGAGCAUUGAGGCAAUGUCUGGGACCGGGAUGUGUCCAACCAGCAAGGGCCAACUCCAAAUACUGCUCCGAGGACUGCGGCAUGAAGCUCGCCGCCAAUCGCAUCUACGAGAUCCUCCCUCAGAGGAUCCAGCAGUGGCAGCAGAGUCCGUGCGUCGCUGAAGAGAUGGGGCGGAGACAGCUGGAGCGAAUCAGGAAGGAGCAGCAGGCGUCGAGACUCCGCCUCACGCUGAUGGAGAAACGUUUCCACGAGCUCGAAGGCAUCAUCGCCAACGCCAAACAGCAACAGGUCCAACAAGACGAGGAGGUGACCGAAGGUGAAGGUGAUGACACAGAUCUUCAGAUCUUCUGUGUCUCCUGCAGUCACCCCGUUAACCCAAAGGUGGCGCUGAGACACAUGGAGAGAUGCUACGCCAAGUAUGAGAGUCAGACAUCGUUUGGCUCCAUGUACCCGACACGUAUAGAGGGGGCGACCCGUCUCUUCUGUGAUGUGUAUAACCCUCAGAGUAAGACGUACUGUAAGCGGCUGCAGGUUCUGUGUCCUGAACACUCCAGAGACCCAAAGGUCCCUGCAGACGAGGUGUGUGGCUGUCCUCUGGUCAAAGAUGUGUUCGAGCCGACCGGAGAGUUCUGUCGCGUCUCAAAGAGGAAGUGUAACAAACAUUACUGCUGGGAGAAACUCCGCCGCGCCGAGGUCGACCUCGAGAGAGUCCGAGUGUGGUAUAAACUGGACGAGCUGUUUGAGCAGGAGAGGAAUCUGAGGACGGCGAUGACGAAUCGAGCCGGUUUAUUGGCUCUGAUGCUGCACCAGACCAUCCAACACGACCCGAUUACAACCGACCUGCGCUCUGCCAAGGACAGGUAGACAGACAGGUAGACAGACAGGUAGAGAGACAUGUAAAGUUCUUUGGAUGGAUCAAGGAAUAUUUCUAUUUUAAACAUACGUCUGAAUAUUUCACUCUGAGAGCUCAAACCGACCGAGUGCAUUGUGGGAAAUGGAGGAGGAACAUUGAAGGACGCCUCAUCUCAGAGCUCAUCCUCGUUUAUACUUCAGCGUUGAAGCUACGCCGUCGUGAGCACCACAUACUCGUCCUUUAGUUCUGUUUUAUACUGUUUAUUACACGCUACAUUACCCACAAUCCCUCUUGUUACUGUUGAUAUUUAUACUUACUGUUAAACACUAUACUUUAAAAAAAACUGUGGUAUUGAAGAUGUUUCUGAUACAUCGACAUGUUUUAUAUUUUAGAGACAUCAUGGUGUUUUGGAUCAAAUAUAAAUUUGUGAAACACAAUAAUUGAGUCUAAAGAACAACACGAGGAAACAAGGAAGUGAAAAGUCUGAGCAACAAAUGAGUAUUGUUUCACUUUGAAUGCUUCAUUUCAGGUUUAAAUCUACAUUUUGUGUGUUUUCGUUUGUUAAACUGAACAUGUGUCCGUCAUUCAGAUGACAAAAUAAAAACUCAACGAGCAGCUACAACUUUCAUAACUUCUCUUUUUAAUGCACUUACAUUUUUUUAUCCUGAUGUUUGUCCUGUUUUUUCUUUUCUUUUUGUAUCAUUGAUGUUUUAAUAUUUUAUUGUUAUUUGAACAUGUUAUUGUUUUAUACCGACUGUUUGUGUCAUCUUUGUAUUCAAACCGAUGUUUCAUUAAAAACUGAAGCUGUUUUAUUAAACAUUUUAAACUCU